AUGAAGACUUACUCCAAAGAAUUUAUGCUGGGACUGACAUUGACGCACCACGUAUGUAAAAUCAUCAUCCACUACAUCAGUCAGCUCCAACUGGCUCUGAAGGUAGCCUUGACUCAUUUGAAGGGUGUUGCAGCUCUCAUUAGCAGUUUUAAUCCCUCGGUCUGGCAGCAGUCUCCUCCACCUGGCACAAAGGGAGCAACAUCAGAAGGUCAAGCCAGAGACCUGCUGGAUCAAGCUAAAAAAAUAGUGAAGGUCAUGAGAGAGAAUCAGACGAUGGACUUCCAAAAUGACUGGAAGUUAAUCACAGUUUUCUUUAGUGCUGAAAACCCGUGUUCUUCCUGUGCUUCUACACAACCGGUUCCCAAAGCCUUUGUAAAUCUGGUGGAUUCCACUGAGCUUGCAACUUCCCCUCGUGUAUGCCAAGAUCAUGAUAAUGCCAGCAAUCCAGGCAGGAAUCAGUGCAAUUGUGUUGGUGAACACUCUACUGUAGAUGAUAACAUAUUGAGAUGGUCCUAUCAGGAUGCUUGGGAAAAACUUCUGGAGUCUGAGAGGUAUGAUCAAAAGGAUGACUUCACUGUUGUUAUUCAGCCUUCUCUCCAAGAAAUAAAUCUGCUGCUUAGACUGGGAAGGGAUGGCUUCAAUACCAUGUCAAAGACACAAGUGGAAAUUCUGGAAGAAGAUUAUAUUUUCAUGGCUUUGGGUCUCUGGAACAACAUGAUGGAGCCAGUCGGACAGAAGAAGCCUUAUGAUUUCACAAAAAUGCUUCAGGUCCUGUGUCCAUCUCAGGAAAGGAGCUAUGGAACAAGUAUUCCCUGUUCUGGCCGUGGUCCCUCCGAUACGGUCCCAAUGUCAGUUCAUAAUUUGAGACCAGCAGAUAUUCAGGUGAUUGCUGCCCUGGGAGAUUCACUCACGGCAGGUAAUGGGGCAGGAUCAAAACCCCAUAAUGUUCUGGAUGUCAUCACUCAGUACAGAGGUAUUUCCUGGAGUGUUGGAGGAAAUGAAAACAUAAGCACAGUCACAACACUAACAAAUAUUCUUCGUGAAUUCAAUCCUUCCUUGAGAGGAUAUUCCACUGGCACUGGAAAGGAGACUACAGAAAAUGCUGCCUUCAACCAAGCUGUGGCAGGCAGUCGUGCGGAGGAUGUCCCUGCACAGGUUAGAAGACUGGUGGACCGAAUGAAGAAUGAUUCUGUGAAAAUACAUUUCCAACACACUUGGAAGCUUGUAACACUCUUCAUAGGAGGAAAUGACCUAUGUGGAUACUGCAGGGAUCCAAUACGCUAUUCUCCUGAAAACUACACAUAUAAUAUACAAAUUGCUUUGGACAUGCUUCACAGAGAGGUUCCUCGGGCGUUUGUGAAUCUGGUGACAAUCCUUUCUAUAGCAAGCCUCCAGGAACUGUAUGCAGAGAAAAGCAUUAGCUGCCCAAGGCUGAUCAUGAGGAGUUUAUGCCCUUGUGUACUAAACUAUGAUGGCAAUUCCAGCGAAUUCAAUACAUUGAUCUCCUUCAAUAAAAAGUAUCAGGAGAGAACCCGCCAAUUAGUGGAGAGUGGAAGAUAUGACACUAGGGAAGAUUUCACUGUGGUUUUGCAGCCAUUUAUGAUGAAUGUCAGUAUGCCAAAGACACAGGAGGGGUUGCCUGACAGUUCAUAUUUUGCCCCUGACUGUUUCCACUUCAGCCAGAAGAGUCAUUCCCAGGCCGCGCGUGCUUUGUGGAACAACAUGCUGGAACCUGUAGGGCAGAAGACAGAUAAUCAGAAAUUGGAAAAUGAAAUUGUUCUCAAAUGUCCAAAUGAGGCUGAGCCCUUCCUGAGGACAUAUAAGAACAGUAAUUACACUUAUGGAAGCCAGUUGCUAUGUGAGGACAGGACUCCCUCCUCCCCUUCUGCAACUUCAGUGCAUGCCCUAAAGCCAGCUGAUGUGAAAAUUAUAGCAGCCCUUGGGGAUUCCCUUACAGCUGGUACAGGAAUUGCCUCAGAUAAUCUCAUGGAUUUGAGCACUGAAUACCGAGGACUAUCUUGGAGUAUUGGAGGGGAUGCUUCUUUAGAGAAUGUGACAACUCUACCUAACAUCUUUCGAGAGUUCAAUGCUAAGAUCGUGGGCUAUUCGACUGGGACAGGGAGUGUGAAUGAAUCAGACGCAUUCCUUAACCAGGCAGUUCCUGGAGCAGAGGCUGAGCAAUUACCAGACCAAGCAAGAACUCUCCUGAGACUAAUGAAAACUGAUCCUAGAAUUGACUUCAGUGCUGACUGGAAGAUCAUAACAGUGCAUAUUGGAGGCAAUGAUCUGUGCAACUAUUGCAAAGACCCUGAUCAUUACUCAGCUAUAAAUUUCACCAGACGAAUUCAAGAAACCCUUGACAUUCUGCAUGAGCAGUUUGGUAUUCAGAGACUGGUGGAGUCUGGCAGAUAUGACACCCGUGAAAACUUCACAGUGGUGGUCCAGUCUUUCCUCCAAAAUCCCAAGAUUCCUCUUCAUCAGGAUGGGCAUCCAGACAUCUCCUACUUUGCACCUGACUGUUUCCAUCCAAGUCAGAAAGGUCAUUCACAGCUUGCCAGGGCUCUCUGGAAUGCUAUGUUCCAACCUGUAGGCCAGAAAGAUGACUCCUUUGACUUCACAGCUAACAUUACCCUCAGCUGUCCGACUCAGAACAUACCUUUCCUGGGAACUUACAAGAAUAGCAACUACACACACUCACCCGUGGAUCCCACUGAUGAACCAGCUGAGAAUUGGGGCAGUGACCUGUCAUGUUCUGAACAGAUUCCAUCCAGACCUGUCCCAACAUCAGUACAUGAAUUGCGACCUGUUGACAUCAAAGUCAUAGGAGCACUGGGAGAUUCCCUGACUACUGCUGUAGGAGCCCAAGCAACAGAUCCACAAAGAGACUGGAGGGGACUUUCCUGGAGUAUCGGAGGUGACGGGACCCUGGAGACUCAGACUACUUUACCCAGUGAGUAUCCUGGAAAACCAACAUGAGAAAAGGGAAA